AGUUGAAAGAGAGCGUCUCUAGCGUUCGGUUUCAAGCGUUCCCACCAACCUUUUAACCCUACUCCUUAUCCAUUCUAUUCUCUUUAGUGGUCAAAAGCUGGUGCGGUGUGCUGCUGAUGAACAUAAUCAUUUAUCAAUUGUAUAAUCGGAAAAAUCUAUCAUAAAAACUUGUUAAUUGGUUGUGAAAAUCGUUCCAGUAUCAGUAGUGAGGUUGUGAAAAAGGGUGAUAGGCGACUCCACUGACAUUCGCAUUUUAGUAUAAUUUGGUCUAAAAUAAUAUUUAGUGCUUUGACUAGACCGGAUUGAGGCUGUAACUUCAACUGAUACGCUAUGGCUAAAGCUGGAGCAGGGUUCGUGAUAAUCAUUGCUCUAGUUCUUCUGUUAUUCGGAGUACUUGUAACAUUAUUCUUCACAAGUUGGGUGAACCUCGUUAUAGAUAAUCAAAUCACGUUGAAAGAUGGCUCACAAGUAUACAACUUAUGGAGGAAGCCUCCCGUUCAUCCUGUCAUCCGAAUUUAUGUUUAUAACGUGACAAAUGCUGACGACUUCCUAAACCAGGGGGUCAAACCUAUCUUGGAAGAACUCGGACCCUACACUUAUAUAGAAACAUGGGAGAAAGUGAAUCUCAAAUUCAAUGAAAAUGGAACAGUUAGCUUCCAGCAACAAAAAAUAUUUAGAUUUGACCCUGAUAACUCAGUCGGUAGUGAGGAUGACAUGGUGGUUGUACCUAAUAUUCCUAUGCUGAGUGCCACAUCUCAAAGUAAACACGCAGCAAGAUUCCUUAGGUUAGCCAUGGCUUCAAUCAUGGACAUCUUGAAGAUCAAGCCAUUUGUGGAAGUGACCGUUGGACAACUGCUUUGGGGGUACGAAGAUCCUCUGCUCAAGCUGGCCAAGGACGUUGUUCCCAAGGAGCAGAAACUACCCUAUGAAGAAUUCGGUCUUAUGUAUGGGAAGAAUGGUACCGCUAAAGAUGUUGUAACUGUUUUCACUGGGGCAAAUGAUAUCACUAAAUACGGUUUAGUGGAUACAUUCAAUGGGAAAACUCACAUGAGCCACUGGAAAACUGAGAAAUGCAACCGUGUGAUGGGGAGUGAUGGCUCCAUCUUCCCACCUCACAUCAGCAAAGAGGACACUAUCUACAUCUAUGACAAGGAUAUUUGCCGUCUCUUACCUUUGGUUUUCCAGAAAGAAGUAGUCACUGACGGGAAAGUUCUUGGAUACAGGUUCAGUCCGCCCACGAAUGUAUUCGCAGAUGUCGAGCACAACCCCGACAAUGACUGCUUCUGCCCAUCGGGUCCCCCCUGUGCCCCUCAUGGUCUGUUCAACGUCUCUCUCUGCCAAUACGACUCACCCAUUAUGCUGUCCUUCCCUCACUUCUACUUGGCGGACCCCAAAUUGAGAGAGGCUGUUGAAGGAAUCAGUCCUCCAGAGGCAGAGAAACAUGAACUGUUCAUUGAUAUCCAGCCGACUAUGGGAACUUCACUGAGAGCACGCGCUAGAAUUCAAAUCAAUUUGGCUGUGAGUCAGGUUAUCGAUAUCAAGCAAGUGGCUAACUUCCCCGACAUUGUUUUCCCGAUAAUGUGGUUCGAAGAUGGAAUCGACGGUCUACCAAUGGAAGUGACGAAUCUGAUGAGUAUUGCAACGACAGUACCGCCAGUCGCCAGAACGGCUUUGCUCCAUGCUCUAUUCAUAAUGGGAUCUCUGCUGCUGAUCCUGGCCAUUUUCUGCUUGGUACGGAACUCAGGUCGCCAGGAGACUCUCAGCCUAGAGGGCACAGCUCACUAUGCCGCCAAUGACGAAAAGAACAAGAAGAUGAAAGCUCAAAACGGUCACUCCAACGGAAAGGCGCUCGAAACAAGGACAAACCCAGCCUUCGAACCAGACUACAACUCGUAAUAGGCUCAUACAUUCCAAUCUUUCUAGAACAACUCCAUUUAAACAUUCACUCUAACCAAUUAUUAUUCUUCAAUUUGAAAACAAAAUUAAUCUGAGAAUAAUGCUUAGUUUUGUUUGUAGGCUUUUUAGAAUUGUGAUGAGCAGAAUAGACGAGUGGAUCUUUAAUUAUGCCUAUAUAAUAAUAAAUACUCAUCACUCAAGACUGAAUGUGUCUAGCAAAUAUAGAGUGUGAUCAAUUAUUUUUUGAAAAUACUUACUGGUACUACCUUAAGAAAUUAGUAUAUUUUGCAUUAAACCCAAAUCAAAUUUUAAAGUACAGACGAUUUCCAGCAAAAUAAUUUAGAGUGAUAUUUUCGUACAUGAAACAUCGUAUUCAGUAAUUUUUAAUGCUUGGAUUGAAAGUGAGCUAUAUUUUUAUCUAUCAUGACAAAAUAAGGAUAGAGAAUAAUGUACCAUUAGGUCUAGAAAGAAUUUAAUAGUUUUAUCUGAAC